UGCAGCAGUGUGCAGUGAGAUAUAUGUAAUUUCUAGGCUGUUUACAUUUCUUGUUAUAUGUUGUUUAAUUGAAUUUCCACUUUCCUAGAUGUUUCAUUUCUGCAUUUCUGCAUCUUUUUCUUAAUCCUUUUCUACAUAAAGUCCCAUAGGGCAGGUUAUGUGUUAAUGUAUAGGCAUAGAGAAAGCCAAGCCAAAGAGCAAACUGUAGGUCCACCCUACAUUGUUCCGAUUUGAAUAUCUUAAUCAAGUUCAUUGUCUGGUUUUCUGUUAAGACAUGGUCAGAGUACCAGCAACUCUAAUUGGGAAACAAUAACUUAAGAACAUAGCAAAAGAAUGAUCUAUGUUGGUUCAGUUUCUGCAUGCUUUAUAUAUAUAGAGAGAAAAAGCUUUCAGCUAUCAGUUUUAUCAAAGUUUUCAGAGAGAGCGACAGAGAUUCAGAGAAAGAGAUAGAACUCCUAAGUUGUGCUUUUGACAAGCUUCUCAUCUAGAUUUUACAAGUGUGCUAUAUAAGGUGUAAUCUGCUUAAAGCCUCCAAUUGUAUUUUAUCUCAAUCUUGGUUCGUCUGGGAUGAUGAAAUAAAGCACCAUUUCACAUAAGCCAACGCCAUUUUUGUGAAUAUAUUUCUUUUGGAGUGUAUUGACUUUGAAACUCCGCAUUGGUUACCAAGGGUAAAGUGCGGCAGUCACAAUAAAAUACAAGUGCUUAAAGCAGUUCGUGACAGACACCAGCAGUCCUGGCUUUUAGGAGAAACUGAGAGGGAAGAUGUCGGCUAUAGAAGAGUCUAACUUAGUAGAAGAGAUACGUGAAGAUAGAUCUCCUCGAAGUGAGAUAAGUGUUCACAGUAUGAAGAGUAGAACUAGCCAAGUGGCUAAGAGUCAUGCAAGUUCUCUUCAGUCAGUGAAGAGUGAGAGACUGUCCAUCAAGAAACAUGAAGCCUCUCUUAAGGUUAAGCAGUCAUUUGAAGAUGACCAUCUGAAACUGUUGCAGCAAGAAACAGAAGUCGAACAACUUUUUAGAAAGCGACGGAUAGCUCUUCAACAGCAACUAGAUAAGGAAGAAGCUACCUUCAAACGGCAACAGAAGGAGAUUGCAAUGAGAAAGGAUCGCCUAGCUAGACGCGAGCGUUUAGCUCAAUUGACUGCCAUAAAGCAAGUAUUAGAGGAAUUUGAAGAUGAAGAAUUGGGCGAAAGUGAUUCAGAGAUUUCAUUUAGAGGAAUGAGAAAGGAAGAGAAGAGUGAGGGAAUGCAGAGAUUAUUUGAUUCCCAAGAAAAGAUCCACCCCCAUCAGUCAGAAAAGACAGGAGUUCAUCAGAAAACCGAGGCAGUAUCUGAUCUCAGUAACCCAUGGGUGCCAGCUGGGUUGGACAGUUUAGUAUCAUCGUUAGAAGCUUGUGUAGCCCAAAUCACCCGCAUUGCUAUUGGACAAAGUGAAGUAAGUAACCAGUUGGCAGCAACUAGCCAACUACCAAAUAUCGAUGUUCCAAUGUUUAGUGGUGAACCGAUGAAUUAUCCUUUGUGGAAGAAUGCAUUUGAUUGCAUGGUGGAUGCUAAGCAAAUCAGUGACUCUAAUAAAUUGAACUACUUGAACACCUACGUUUGUGGAAAAGCUAAAGAAAUUGUUGAACACUAUUUGUUAUUAGGAGAGGACGAUGGUUAUCAGAAGGCUCGUGCGGAAAUUGAUAGGAGGUUUGGCAACCCAAGUGCUCUCAGUGUUGCUUACACCAGAAAGCUCUGUUCGUGGCCACGUAUUGAAAGUAAAGAUGCAAGUGGAUUGAGAGACUUUUCCGACUUCUUGCAGAAGGUCUUGUCAGCCAAGACGAAGGUCAAGAAUCUAGGAAUCCUGGACUUUCCCCAAGAGAAUGCAAAGCUCGUAGCAAAGUUGCCAGAGUACUUGGAAGAUGAAUGGCGAGAGGAAAUUGAUAGAUGGCGCGAAACUAAUAGCCCCCAAAGUUAUCCAUCGUUCUCGUGUUUCGUUGGUUUUGUGAAGAAAGCAGCUGACAGAGCGAACAUUCCUGAGUUGGAACCUUUAAAGUUAAACCUAUCAAGGCGAUCUCCAAAUGGAAAUGCACGGAUCUUUUGCAUCUCUGGGCUGGAGGAUGAAAGCUCCAUAUGUCCUUUCUGUGAUGGAAGCCAUCACCUCGAAUCAUGUUCUAGUUUCUUGAUGAAAUCUAUUGAAGAGAGGAAAUUAUUCUUUUUGAAAAGAAAGUUGUGUUUUGGUUGCGCUCUUACAGAUCAACAUCGUGGUAAAGAAUGUAGAAACAAGAGAGUGUGUAGAAUCUGUGGAGGUAGACACCUUACAUGUCUACAUGAAGAUAGGUCAAAGAAGACAGAAGACCAGGGAAUUCCCAAUCAAGGAGCCAACAACACAAAAUGAACAUUUGAUUUGAUUUGAUGUAAUUCGUUGUUUUCCACUUUCUUAUCUCUUUCAAUCUCUUCUCUCCCUUUUCUUGUUUCCUUUCCAUUAUUAGUCUAAUCAUUUCGCUAGAGUUGUCAUUUCAGUUUUUCAUAUGGUUUCGAUCUUUCCUGCUUUUCUAGUUUUCUUGUUCACAUUCUAGUCUUUAUCUUCUUUCUAGUUUUAUAGCUCUCUUUACUUCCAGUUUUUCUGUACAUAUGCAUUAGUAAUUGAUUUGAUUUCUUUUGUUUGUUGAAUCUGCUGGCAUGCAUGCAGUUACAGUAUAUGAUUUUAUACUUAAUGCUUAAUGGCUAAUAUUUCUUAGUGUAUCCAAAGUAGUUUAAGAAGAUAUGUCUUAAUUUUGUUGUGCCUGACAGCAACGGGAUUGGAAUGUUAUGGUUCACAUUUUUUGUUAUUAAGUUCAAUAAUGAUAGGUGAUCAGUUAAAGUAUCUUACAUGUAUAUAUACGAUUUUGAGUUUAUUGGUUGAUUUUAGAUAUUCAGACAUAAUUGAUGUUGUGUGUGUUUAAGUUAAGUAACUGAUGGCAAUCAGUUAAAGGAGCCAUGUCACUGCAGCAGUGUGCAGUGAGAUAUAUGUAAUUUCUAGGCUGUUUACAUUUCUUGUUAUAUGUUGUUUAAUUGAAUUUCCACUUUCCUAGAUGUUUCAUUUCUGCAUUUCUGCAUCUUUUUCUUAAUCCUUUUCUACAUAAAGUCCCAUAGGGCAGGUUAUGUGUUAAUGUAUAGGCAUAGAGAAAGCCAAGCCAAAGAGCAAACUGUAGGUCCACCCUACAUUGUUCCGAUUUGAAUAUCUUAAUCAAGUUCAUUGUCUGGUUUUCUGUUAAGACAUGGUCAGAGUACCAGCAACUCUAAUUGGGAAACAAUAACUUAAGAACAUAGCAAAAGAAUGAUCUAUGUUGGUUCAGUUUCUGCAUGCUUUAUAUAUAUAGAGAGAAAAAGCUUUCAGCUAUCAGUUUUAUCAAAGUUUUCAGAGAGAGCGACAGAGAUUCAGAGAAAGAGAUAGAACUCCUAAGUUGUGCUUUUGACAAGCUUCUCAUCUAGAUUUUACAAGUGUGCUAUAUAAGGUGUAAUCUGCUUAAAGCCUCCAAUUGGUAAGUUAUUUCUUUCAGUAAUUUAAGUAUUAUGUAAUGCGAUAUACAUGUAACUCUGACAUACUUGCGAUGGAUCGUAUCCGUUAAUAGACAUAUCGACUGUUAUAAGAAAAUAGUUAUAUUUAUAAGUAUAUCUAAUUAACCUUUAAAGUAAUGUAGAUCAAUACGUAUUACAUUUUGUUAUAGUAUUAAGAGUCCUUGGUAGUAUAGUAUUUGUACGAAUAGUGAAGUUUAUUCUUUAGUGCUUUAGUGAUUAGUUUCAGUUGUUACACAUACAUUAUGAUUUAUUAUAUGUUUCUUU